AUGUCUCCACCUUCAAAUUUGAUCCCUCUGCAACCCGGCACACAGACAGCUGGACUAUUUACGGCGAAGCAAGCCCAACAGAUGCCCCCUCGCGUGUCCGGUCAACCGAGAUCUGCUUCGGGUUUGGGCAGUGUUCUCUCAGACUACGAUUACAUGCAGGGCAUACCGCACCGUCAACGCCCCGAACGAGCGGUAGGGAUUCAACCCCGGAAGCUUUCCAUGGAACAAGAAGCGAAAUUUGAGGGUUAUUCCGAUAGUGGUAGUGAACGGUAUGAAGAGCCGGAUGAUGAUGACGAUGAUGAUGAUGAGGAGUCAGAUGAAGAACGAUACUACUCCGAAGAUGAAGGUGGCAGAUAA